AGUUCAAAUGAAUGUUAUCUGAAAAAACGUUAAAAUAGUAGGUAGGUAGAUAAGAGUUUAUUACUUCGAUAUUUGCUUUAGUAUCAUAGAUACAAUGAACGCAAUAACAACCAUACCGAUACUUUUGACGUUUACAAUCAAAUCGGUGCUUUCUUGUAAUCAUUUUACUGAACCCGAUGACUACAGAACGAAUUUUUAUAAUUUCAUGGAAUCUUUGGAAGUGUUAACAUUUGACACAUCCUGUCCUAAUCUACUCUCGAACAAUUUAAAAGACACAAUAUGGGAUUAUAGAAAAGAGCUUUAUUGUAAAUACAUGGACCAGCUAAUCGAUUGCAAGUGUAAAAAGAACGAAAACGAUUUUUUGAACUGUUUAUCGAAAAUUCGAACUGAAAUGAAAGCGGACGUUAACGAAUUUCAAAGUAAGAUCUCUCAAUGUAAUGAAAACUUUGAAUUACUCGUACCAGAUUGGUGUGGAAAUGUAUAGAAGAUUAAUUCUGACGAGGUAGAAAAGGAUAAGUAUUUACAAUUAAUUUAUUUUCGAUACUAGUAUUGAAUGUACCGUAAAAAAUAAAUAAACUAAUUUGAAAUAAACGUAAUA